AUGCUCCAAGUCAGCUCUUUUGAAGGAGCCACUUUGCGCGUUCCACCAGAGUUCCGGCAUCGUGCUAGAACUGUACCCCACUUGACAUCACAUAGGCCUGCCAAUAGUGGUCUCACAUGUGCCGGGCGGAGCCGGGGACAUUUUGCAAUGAAUUUUGAAUUUUUACGAACAUUACAUGGAUUUAUCAACUUACUACAAGUGUGCUUUGGAUUUGCUGCAAUUUUCGCCUCGUCACUUAUAUGGAGCGGUUCCAACCUCUACUUCCAGUUCAUCUACCAAGGAUUUGGAUGGCAGACGUUGAUAUUAUUCAUUCUGGUCACUACAUUCAUUUUCAACUUUAUUGUGUUUCUUUCUAACCUUCUCGGUAAAGAUGUGCUCGGCACAGUGGGAAAGAAAAGGCUGCUUCUCAUGUAUGCUAUCUGCCUAGUCCUACUUAUUGUAGCAGCCGCACUAGAAACUUGGUACUGUGGAAUAUCUGCAGGAUAUCUACAUAGUCGGUUUAUAGCUGUAACUAUCUUCAGCUGGCUACUCGUAGUCAGUUACAUUGCCCUACUCGUGGUGACCAUACUAUUUGUAUAA